AUGCCGUUCGCCGGCGUCUUUCCCCCGUUCGCCUUCCUCCUCUGCUGCUCAGCGGUCACAGCAGCCUCUGGUAGCAUGCGUCCGUCUGUCUGCCACCUCUCCGAGAAGGAGUUGCUCCUGCGGCAGCGGCUGCCACCCCCCGAGGAUGAUCCGCUCCACGUCAAGUACUUGGUAGUGGGCGGAGGGCCCGCGGCGGGGUAUUUUCUCCACUACUUCGCCGACCCUGUGGCGCGGCCUGCCGACGCCAAACAGUCGGAAGGGAGAGCGGAGGCGACCAGCCAGGCAGAUGCAAAGCCCGCCGGGCUGCUGCCGUCUGCGUCGUCGUCUGCCCCCGGCGACGCUCUGGAGACAAAAAAUGACCUGCAGCAGUGCAGCGCAACUGCCCCCGUGGCGGGCGAAGGCCUGACAGUCCCGUCCACAUCUGCAGCCUCUGCGGCGAAACAAGAGGCAUCGGGAGGAGCAGCCGCGCGCCAAGACACGGAUGAGGCCUUACAACCCGAUUCGCUGGCCUUGCUGCGCUGGGUCGAAAAGGAAGAUACGGGUGUGAACCUGAGCAGAGACGCAACGAACGCCGACGAUUUACCGAAAGGCGAACUGGCGUCGCCCUCCGCGACCCUCCACACCGUUCCUUCGAAGACGUCGCUCUCCAGCCGCGUCCACUCUCUAGCCAGGCUCUCCAUGCAGAACAAAGAUCGCACGCUGCGAUUUCUCAUGGUGUCCUCUGAGUGCGUGUUGCCAUAUGAACGCCCGGCUCUCUCCAAGGGAUAUCUUCUCGGCAAGGCGCAGUUUCCCAAGUUCAACGUCGCGGCGGGCAUUGGGGGAGAGCUCCAAGACGCACAGUGGUAUGUCGACCACGGCGUCCACGUGCUCCUUAACGAGGCCGUCGCUUCGGUGGACUUAGCGAACCGCCGCGCGUCCCUGCAGCACUCGCAGAGGACUGUCUCGUUCGAGAAGCUGAUCGUCGCGACGGGUCUGAGGUGUGUGGACUUUGCAGGUUUCGGCCUGUGGAAUCUUCGAGGCAUACCCACAAACGUGCUCACGUUUCGAUUCGCCACUGAGGCCGCGGAAGUCGUUGAGCUAGUCAAGGAAGUCAAGGAGCGAACUGGCGCGACGCUCUCGCAAAUGCUUCCGUCUUCGGAGGGCGACCUUGGCACCGCUGAUGCAUCCAAGGGCUCAGUCGUGGUCAUCGGCACAGGAUUUACCGGCACGGAAGUCGCCGCGGCUCUGAGCCAACAGGGCCUGAAGGUGUUUGUGGUGACGCGAAGUGCGCGCCUUCUCUCCAAGAUCUACACACCGGAACUGUCCGACUUCUACGAGCAGCAGUUCGAACAGCACGGCGUCACAAUUAUCAAAAACGCGUCGGUGCACAAUCUGGUUCGCGCAGUCGACAGUGACGAGAGAGUCACAGCCGUGCACGUGAUUCUCAGCGACGGCAGCAGCCACGUUCUCCCCGCCGACUUCGUCGUGGCGGCCAUCGGCAAUCGGCCUGUCGUCGAAUUCCUCAACUCUCAGCUGCAGCUGGCAGACGAGUGCGUAGGAGGCGGCAUUCUGGUCGACAAGCACCUUCAGGCAUUCCCUUCUCGCGAAGUCCAGAUCGCUGCAGCUGCUGCCCAAAAGCCACAUCCAGAGGUCUACGCCCUCGGCGACGUCGCGGCGUUUCCGCAGCGCCGCGCGGGCGCCCGACCCGUGAGGUACGAGUACAUUUGGAACGCGCGCUCUAUGGCGGCCUACUUGGCGAAGCACUUGCGCUGUGUCGAGAAGGAGGAGAAAAAGAAAGAGGCGAUGCUGACGGGAGCGGGCGGCUUGAACGUCGCCGAAGAAGCGGAGGAAGAGGAAACUGUGAAUGAUCGUGCUCUAGAGGAAGCCGAGGCUGGACCCCCGCAGCGCGCGGACACGUCACAGAGGGACGAAGACUCGGACUCGGACUCUGACGGCGCGACGGGCCGUCGGAAGCCAUCCAAGGCAUGCGACAGUGGCCACGGCUAUGAGUUCUUGCCCAGCUACUACUCGCGUUUCUUCGAUUUUUCCUGGAAGCUCUACGGUUUCCGCAAAGGCACCCCCGUGCACGUGAACGACGUCGACAGGCAGAUCUCCCGGAAAAUCAUUGUGGUCUGGAUCGAUGACGACAAGAGGGUCCAAGGAGUAUUUCUUGAAGGGGGAGCGCCCGAUGAAGAACAGCUGAUCCGACGAGCCGCGGACGCCACUGUUCGCGUUCCAGUAGAGGCCAUCCAGCGAGCGAAAGACGUUGCUGGAGUUUUGGAUAUCAUUCGGUAA